CAGUCGCUGUGCACUCUUGCUCGGUCGACUGCUUGUCGUAGAAGCUUUCACCACGACACAUGGUCCGGAUAUGCAGGGUGGCCCUGCUGGUGGCCAUGGUGGCGUCGCCGGUCCGAAUACGUUCCUUUCGGGGGGUGACCGCCUGGACCCACACCGUGAUCCCGACGAGGGUAUCGACGCUCAUCGGCAGCAGCAGCAGCAGCAGCAUGGGCCGAACGGGCGAGGAGGCGGUGCAUGCGGCGGGAUACUUGUCUGUUGGUGGUGCGUUCAGCCGAGGCGGGUGGCGGGGAAGGAGGAGCAAGCGGGGUAGAAAUAGCGACGACGGGGAUAUCACCCGCUGCUUCUCGACCCUUGGCAGCAAGAGGCAAAACUCCAGGCCCGUCGGGACGGAUGAGCUGACCCAGACCGCCAGAGACAGGGCUACCGCUCUCGUUGAGGCCUACGUCCCCACGCCCGCAACCGAGGGAGACCUGCGCUGCAUCGAGGAGAGACAGCUGCGGCACAAGGCGGGGGCGUCGUCUAGGUCUAUGGGCGUUUCCCCUAACCCCUGCCGACACGGCUUUCCGCAGGCGUUUGCUUUCGACCCCUGCGGACACAAGGUGUCCUCGGGGCUCUUCCGGCUGUCGUGCCCUCUACUGGUGCAGGCCAUCGAUCUGCUGGAGGACGAGGGGGGGAUAGAGGACGUCAAUGCAAGGCUGGCCAGCGAAGAGGGGCUCCGCGAGGACUUCAUGGCCGUGAACUUGGCGCACGGCAUGCUGCGGAGACGUUUGGUGACUCCGGAAAAGCUGGGCAUGGUAGAGGAGACUAUCGGGAAGGAGGGGGCUGAACGCUUUCUCGACAGCGGCAUUACAGGCGUCACCACCGGGAAGGUGCGCGACGCAAAGUGCCUCCACGCGCACGUGGCGGACGCCCUCAUGCGCGGCAGAAGCGCCAACGCGAUCGGACGCGCGACGCUGGAGCUUCUCGAGGCCCGAGGGGUGCGGACGGACGGGGGCGACCGGUGCAGCGAGCAGUGCAACUAUCGGGUGGAGGAGACGGCCGACAGCUGGAGGUAUACGCCGCAGAAGAAUAAACAGAAGCUUCAAAUGAGAAAGGUGCGGCGAAAAGACAUGAAAGCCUGCAUCACCAAUAAGGAGAGGGAGCAGGAGACCAAGGAUGAUGCCGUCGUCGACGCCGAUAGCGGCAGCGGCCUACCUCUCAACGGCGAGGCCACUGCCGCCAACAGCUACAAAAACAGCUGGACCGGUAGGAAUAGCAUCAGAACACGCGGCGACACCGUCGUGAAACACGAUACCACUGGUGGUACUGGCAAACCCGGCGAUGGUGAAAUGGAAAGAGGCCAUGGGACGAUGCGGGUGGAGAGGACCCUGUGGCUAUGCGAUGACGAUAGCGUCCUUCCGGUCUUAAGAAAGGCUCAGGGUGACGGUUUUCUCCUGUGACAUUCGUUAGGCCUGGGUAUUGAUAUUUCUCCGGCCGCGGCUAUUGCAACUUUACGGCAUUGCCAUGCAGCAGCCGGGAGAUUGCCGGGUUGCCGCAACCACGGAAUCGGCCGUUUGCUAUUGAAAAAGCUCGGUCCAUCGUUGUUACAAAAGAAGGAGAAUCCGUUCAAAAAACGUUUCGCGCAAGCGUGAUGGCGUGUACGUAGCCCGCGCUUAAGCAUACGUGUUCAUGUGUCACAAACGCAGGCCAGUGAAGGCAAAGAAGGUCCGCAAGUCUCCCGAGAAAAGGUAGUGCAGGAAAAUUAGUAGCAUGAUCCGGGUGAUCCGGAUAUGGUGCCUACAAAUCAAUGGAAUUUUUUUGGCCUACGAGAGGAGGGAUAUCCAGGUAGUCCACGCAACGGUUGUUUGACACGUUCUUCUUGUGAAAUACGCUAAGCGAAACUUGCACCUACUCCGGAAAAGCCGUCCGACAAAUUGUAAUAUGGUGGCAAGAGUUUUAGAAAAUCUGUCGGUGUGUCGGUUGUUUGUGGUAUAGUCUAGGAAGUGGGAAAGUGUGUAAACAACUGGUUCCCUGGAAAGGGAAGAUAAUGUCAAAGAGAAACAAUGCCAACGUAGACG